AUGUUCCAGGUUUUAUUUCUGCUGUUCCUCCUCUUUGUCCAGAGUGCUGAGCUCCGUCACCUCCACCCGGAGGCUCACCCGGAGCUCCGUCACCUCCACCCGGAGGCUCACCCGGAGCUCCGUCACCUCCACCCGGAGGCUCAACUCCACCCGGAGGCUCACCCGGAGCUCCGUCACCUCCACCCGGAGGCUCAACUCCACCCGGAGGCUCACCCGGAGCUCCGUCACCUCCACCCGGAGGCUCAACUCCACCCGGAGGCUCCCCCGAGGCUGGAGGAGUCCUUCUCCCCGGAGAGGACGCUUGCUCACCGGGUGCAGACUCUGAGAGAAGCCGAGCUGAAGCGAGUCUCCCGCGGGGCUAAGGAUGGGGUCUCCGGGAGAAGAGAGCCGGACCCCCCGCGGCGCUACGACGACCCGAGCGGGUUCUUCACCACCCCGCGGACCGGCCGGAGCAGCACCGGCCCCCCGGGGAACCGGUCCUCCGGGCCCGGGCUCCUCCACCCGCUGCUCCCGGUGUGGGACGGAGCUUACUGGGCCUACGCCGUCAUGCUGCUGGCGCUGGUCCUGUUCGCGGUGGGCAUCGUGGGGAACCUCGCCCUCAUGUGCAUCGUCUGGCACAACUUCUACCUGAAGAGCGCCUGGAACUGCGUGCUGGCCGGCGUGGCGCUGUGCGACUUCCUGGUUCUGUUCUUCUGCCUCCCGGUGGUCGUGUUCCACCAGCUCACUCUCAAGAGGCUGCUAGGAGACCUGUCCUGUCGGCUGGUGCCCUACCUGGAGGUGACGUCUCUGGGCGUGGCCACGUUCAGCCUCUGUGCUCUGAGCAUCGACCGGUUCCACGCCGCCACCGGCCCCGGGCCCCUGCAGGCGCCCAAGGUGGAGCCCUGCCAGUCCAUCCUCUCCAAGCUGGCUGUCAUCUGGGUGGGCUCCAUGGUGCUGGCGGCCCCCGAGCUGCUCCUGUGGCAGCUCUUCCAGGAAACUGUCAGCCUGCCAGCGCUGCCCAGCGACCUGCUGCAGAGCCAGCCGGCCGCCUCGCUGAUGGCGGCGUUCAGAGGCCGAGCCGAUGCGUUCACAGUGGACGUCUGUGUUCAGGAGCCGUCUGCCGAGCUGCCGGAGGGCGUCUUCUCUCUGGUGCUCACCUACCACGAGGCCCGGACCUGGUGGAUCUUCGGCUGCUACCUCUGUCUGCCGCUGCUCUUCACGCUGGCCUGCGACCUGGUGACCAGGCAGGUGUUGGCCCAGCGUCUGCUCCAGAGACCCGAGGGCGGCAAGGCGCCCGGCAGGUGCUCCUCCUCCUCCUCUUCGUCCUGCUCCUCCUCAAAGAAGAAGCCGCACGUGAGGGAGCAGCGGCUGCGCUCCACCGUGAUGGCGCUCACCAUCUUGUACAUCACGUGCAACCUGCCAGAGAGCAUCUGUAACAUCACGCUGUCGUACAUCUCCAUCCCGGAGUCCUCGGUGCUCCCGGCGGUGGUUCUGCCGGCGCUCAGCCUGAUCGGACAGUUCCUGUUGUUCGUGCGUUGCUCGGCGACGCCGGUGCUGCUGCUGUGUCUGUGUCGAUCCCUGGGCCAGGCCUUCAUGGACUGCUGCUGCUGCUGCUGUGAGGAGUGCCUCCCCGACGGCAGCUCCUCUUCCUCCUCCUCAGCGUCGGCCACGGCCACCUCCAACCUCUCCUCGCCCACUUCCCUCUCUCCAUCGUCCCUGUCUCCGUCCAGCAAGGAGGACACGAUGAAGAGCCUGUUGGGGACAGAACCGGUUAAAGACUCUUCAGCAGCCAUCGGCACGCCGUGCUGA